CACACACACACCGGGUUCAAGGAGGAGGCGGGCAUGUGCAGACAGUCCGACUAAUAGUUACACAGCAUUACAGGAUCGCGCGGCCUUGAACGCGAACAACACCCCGCGCCGCCUCCGAAUCACACCCCGCGCCGCCUCCGAAUCACCUGCACAGUCACAGUCACUUCUACCUGCACGCUCUCACAGCUCCAGCGCCGUGUCACCGCCUGCCACCGCCAUGCCUGAGUACAAGUUGAUCUACUUCAACGCGCGGGGCCGCGCUGAGCUGACCCGCUGGAUCUUCGCCUACGGGGACAUCGCCUACACCGACGAACGAUUCGAGAUGAGUGACUGGCCCGCCAAGAAGCAAACCGUGCCCGGGGGUCGAGUGCCUGUCCUGAUGGUGGACGGCCAGUCGAUCCUCCAGUCCCUCACCAUCGCCCGCUACGCCGCUCGCCAGGCCGGCCUCGUGCCCCAAGACAGCCUGGAGGCCGCUCGCUGCGACGAGGUCGUUGACACGGUCUCAGAAAUCAUGUCCGAGGUGUACCAGCAUUUCUUCAAGAACCCCGAGGGGAUGCAGAAGACGUUUAAGGAGGACAUCACCCCAAAGCUCAUCACGCCCUUCCUGACGCGCCUCGAGCCCCAGCUGCAGGGCAAGGAGUGGCUCACGUCCGGCAAGGUGACGUGGGGGGACCUGGCUCUCGGGCUGACCAUGAGCGGCUUGAAGAAGUUCGAUGAGGAGGUGCUGAAGAAGUACCCCAGCGUGGAGGCGUUGGUGGAGCGGGUGGUGGCGCUGCCCAAGAUCAAGGAGUGGAAUGAUAAGCAGUCUCAACUCCCCUUCUGAGGCUCUACUCCGCUGAUGCCACCACCACCACCACCCCCACCGCAACCUCCACCUCCGCUAUCCCCACUAGAGCCAGAGACUUUCACAUUUUCUCAUCUUCUUUGGUUUUUCAUCUUUUUUUCUUCUUGUCCCUCUAUGGUAUUUACAUUCUAGAUCCUCCUUUUUGUAUUCUCUUCUUCCUCCCCUAUUUCCUCCUUGUCUAUUCCCUUUUCCUACUCCUCUCGACUCCCGACUCCUUUCCUUUUCCUCCUUUUUAUUCUUGUUUUUCUACGGUCACUCCAUUCUAGAUCCUCCAUGUUUUCAUCCUCCUCCCCCACCUCCUCCUCGUGGUCUUUUCUUUUUCUAAUCCGCUCGGUUCCUCUGCUUUGCCUCCUUUUCGUUCUCGUUUUUCUACUGUCAUUCCGCUCUAACUUUUUUUUCGUCCUUCCUCUUCCUCCUCCUCCACCUCCUGCUCGACUACUCCCUCCUUUUCCUACUCCUACAGCAGCUCCAUUCAUCUGUCUCCUUUUUCUUCAGCUGCUCCACUCCUCUUCCUUAUUUUCCUUUGUUUAUUGCUGAGAUGAUUUUCUUCGUCCCUUUUCUUCCAUUACCUCUUCAGCUCACACGACAGGAAGAGGCUCGCUACCGUUCACUGCAUGUAGCGUAAUAAUUUCUUGAAUAAAUGCAAUUCGUUGUCAAGA